AUGUAUUGCGGAGAUUCUUCGUUUCCAGUUAGAAAAUUAAUACCUAAAGAAGAAAUUAAUAGCGCAAUUUUCUUAAGACAGAAUCCCCAGUUCGAUGGAAGAGGGAUAGUUGUUGCUGUAUUAGAUACAGGUGUUGAUCCAGCGGCUCCAGGGUUGCAAGUCACUUCUGACGGCAAACCAAAACUGCUUGAUAUAAUCGAUACCACGGGUUCAGGGGAUGUUGACACCUCUAAGGUUGUAACUCUUUCAGAAACUGAGGACUACCUCUUUUUACUUUCUGGUAGAAAAAUUAAAAUACCACCUCACUGGAAAAGUUACAAUAAAAUUUUUUUUUUGGGGAUAAAGCGCGCCUUUGAACUUUACCCAGAAGACUUGGUGAAACGCUUGAAAGACGAACACCAAAAAAAGUGGGAUCGUUUUCGCUACCAGGCAAAAGCUAAGGUUGUUGGUAAAAUUUCUUUUUGUAAAAAAAAACAAAAAGAAGCCGAUAACGAUAGCGACCAGACAGCGAAGACUUUAGAGGAUUACAAAGCACGAAAGAUAGUACUGGAGAACUACGAGUCUAAGACCUACCACGGCCCCGUUCUCGACUGCAUUGUCUUCCAUGAUGGAAAAGAGUGGCUCGCUUGCGCUCUAUUGGAAGACGAAGACCCCUUCACCGCAAAAGUCAUGGCAGACUACAAGAUCCGCCAGGAGUAUUCCACCUUCAGCAACCAGGACAUGCUCUCGUACUCGUUUAAUAUUUACAACGAGGGCUCACGUCUAUCUAUCUCCGUGUGCUGCGGGUCGCAUGGAACCCAUGUGGCUGGCAUACUGGCCGCCUACCAUCCAGAUAAUAGUGGAGUGAACGGGAUCGCUCCGGGAGCUCAAAUUGUCUCUGUGAAAAUCGGAGACACUCGGUUGGGUGGCAUGGAAACUGGAAUAAGCGUCAUACGAGGCCUUUCGGCCGUAUUGAAAAAUAAGUGCGACCUUAUCAACAUGAGCUUCGGCGAGGAUGUCCACAUGGCUGACGUUGGUCUUUUCUCGGCGUUGGCCAAUGCCGUAGUCAGGAAACAUGGCGUUGUGUUCGUCUCCAGCGCGGGGAAUCAGGGCCCUGCCCUGUCCACGGUUUCUGCGCCGGGAGGCACUACAUACUCACUAAUCUCUGUCGGAGCUUUUGUUUCUAAAUCCAUGAUGGAUGUGGAUCAUUCCAUGCGAGAGUGUGUCAAUGAGGGCUACUACACCUGGUCUUCCCGGGGCCCAGCCUAUAACGGGGACUUUGGCGUGACUAUUGGGGCCCCUGGCUGCGCAAUUGCCUCUGUCCCUGCGUUUACAUUAAAGGGGGGGCAGUUGAUGAACGGCACAUCUAUGGCAAGCCCCAAUGCCUGCGGAGGCAUCGCUCUUCUCCUCUCUGCUCUUAAAAACAAUAGUGUAGAGUAUACUCCCGAACGAAUACGAAGGGCAGUAGUGAACACCGCCCAGCUUAUGUCAAACAUGGACGCUUUUACUCAGGGCUACGGCUUGUUGAACGUACUCGGAGCUUAUGACCAUGCAGUCAAGUAUCGAGACUAUAGAGGGCAUGACGUUUCCUACGAGAUAAGAACAUCAUGCGGUCAUGAGGCACGUGGAAUCUAUAUAAGGGAGCCCUGGCAAAUGGCCGUAGAGAAAGAGGUAACAGUCAGCGUGCGGCCCGUAUUUCCAGAGAACACAGAGAACAUUGAAAAGAUCAACUACAAAGUUCUUUUUGUGCUCGAUUGUGAGGCCGCGUGGAUAAAGCUUCCCAGGCACUUCGCCCUGAUGAACGAAGAGCGCUCCUUCAAAGUACUUUUAAAAGCCAGUUCGGCUUCUCUUCCUCCUGGCCCUCACUUUACAGUGAUUAAAGGAUUCGACUCUGCGGCUACAGAGGUGGGCCCUCUUUUUUGCAUUUCCGUUACGCUUCUCGUCCCUGUCCCCUUGUCUGCCCACCGCCAUCAAUUUGAAGUCGACUUUUAUCCAGGUUACAUUUCCCGCCACUUCUAUCAAGUUCCGGACGGUUCUCGCUGGGCGGAAAUCUGCUUGGUAACGACCAUCCAAGCGGGAGGUACUAGGCAGUUUGCUAUUCAAGUGCAGCAGCUGGAAGCAAUGAAAGGGCACACGCACUCUGGGUUCAAAACCCACAUUGUGGCUUCGGACAAGAGCCCGUGGGUCAGAGUUAUACCAGUUCUUCCAGGAUUCACACUGGAGUUUUGCCUGGCGCAGUACUGGGCCAGUCUCGGCAACUGCCGAGUGAAAUGUACCGUCCACUUCCACGGCGUUGAAACUGAGGGGAGUGUUUUCAAAAUUCCCAGCGACGUGGCUGCAUUCCGUGUUUCCUACACCUGUCGUUUAGGGCCGGAGACCAUCAAGCCUUCUGGCACUUUUAAGGCUGUUGAGACUCGUAUGGCUCCCACGUCUUAUUCUCUCUCUCCAUCCUCGCACCCUCUCGACGCACUCCCGGAUGACCGGUGCAUGUAUGCCCUUUGUCUCGAGUACCCGCCUUUCAGCGUGGACAAAAAAGAUGACUUAACGCCACGUGUCACCAGCCUUAAUGGAAGGCUUUAUGAUUCAGUGUUUGCGGCUCAACUCCUCGCGAUCUGCGAUAAGUUUAACCGAGUCUUGUACUGGACCGAUUGCUACACCCAGAAACUCACCUUGCACAAAGGAGAAUAUACCGUGCGUGUGUGCGUUAUGGCGGAGAGUUUGGCCCUUCUCGAAACCAUGACGGGCACUAUCCUUGUGCUUGAAAGGAAGCUUUCGGAACCCCUAAACUUCUCUUUCUUCCCCACUUACAAUGAUGCGAUCCUCCGGAAAAACGAGUGGAAGAGGACGUUGCUCCAUAAAAACGAGCGCGGUGUCAUCUUUAUCGCGCCGCCACCAAUAAAUAAAUUGACGUUAUUUAAGAAUGGAGACGUUCUAGUCGGGAAGCUGCAUCUUUGCGAGCUUCCUUCAAAUAAAUCACUAGGGACUAUACACUUCGUUGUAACGGCUAGAAGGCGUUAACUAAUGUUUGAAUAGUUGUAUACGAGGGGAUAAAGGUCCUCUACGAAGUUCCACCCUCUGCGAAGCCUGGCAAGAGCGAGAAAACUAAACUGAAGGACGAUGAGCAAAAUUACGAGAAGCUAAAAGAGGAAAUCCUGAACAAACAGAUAGCUGCGCUGGAGAAACUGAA